CUUUCACUCACUCGAAAACUAAGAAAAUCACGUUUAAAAAACGAACGCGCUGCUUAAGUACAACAAGUGCACAUACAUUUUUAUUUCAUUGAGACCACGAUUGACAAUAUAACAUAUUUGUGCAAAUUAUUGUAAUAAUUGUGAAAAAGAAGCGGCAACAAUUUAUAUCCUGAUUCCGAUACAUUCAUUUCCUUAAAUUUUUUAAAAUUAAUUGCAUAUAAUUUUAUUACAAUUAAAAAUGAACACGUUUUUGUUAGUAUGCGCCAUUGGCUUACUCCUUGCAGUCACAUCUUGUCAGUCGCAACAUCACCACGGUCACCCAAAUCAGAAUAAUAUACCGCGGGACGAAAAAGUAUCUGAUCAUCGUGAUCACCACCGCGAAAGCACCACCUGGAUACCGAUACUCAAAUAUAAUAAAGAGCAGAGUGAGGAUGGCAGCUAUAAAACCGAAUAUGAGACUGGAAAUAAUAUUGUCCAUGAGGAGACUGGUUUCCUGAAAGAUUUCUCAGACACGAAUCCCAAUGGUGUGCUAGUGCAGCAUGGCCAAUACUCAUAUCAAUCUCCAGAAGGUGAUGUGGUGAAUGUGCAAUACACAGCCGAUGAGAAUGGUUUCCGUGCCACCGGCGAUCAUAUACCGACACCACCGGCUAUACCAGAAGAGAUACAAAAGGGUCUAGACCAAAUCUAUGCAGGCAUAAAACUGCAACAGGAACGCUUGGAACAGCGUGCUAAGAGUGAUCCUGAUUUUGCUAGGAAAUUGGAAGAACGUCGUUUGGCCAAUAAAAAUGGUCAAUAUAUAGGGCCAUUAGAAAAUGCUUAAGUGCGCAUGUCAACUAUUUUAUAGUGUAUUUUGUGAAAAUAUUAUUUUUUUUUUUUUAAUAUUUAAAUUUAUGACGAAAAUUCGGAAGCGAUUGUGGCGCUUUUAUAAAGAACAAAGACUGUGAUUUGCUACGAAUACAAAAUCUAUGGCAUUAACGUAAAACAUGAAAUUGGAUGCAAAGUUUCGAAUGCUUCAGAGAAAAGCGUAAAAUUUCGGAAUUUAAAACUUAAAUAUUCUGUUGUACGAUUUAGAUAACGAAAAAAAUAUGUAUGAUCUAAAGAAAUUCCUUUAUUAAAAUUGUGUAUGUAUUGGCAUAUACUCGUUAUACUUGUACCUAACUACCUAAAAAUAAAAAAAAGUAAUCUGUGUAAAUAAAAGUGAAGAUUUUACAAAAACAAAAA